CAGUAUUGACUAUAACCACGGUCCACACUCCACAAUUAAAGAUAUACAUAUACCAAUUAUUUUAUAGUAAAUCUUUAUAAUAAUCGUGACCAUUAUUAUAACAAGCAAAAUGCCAAGCUAUAUUUAUUGAUAUUUUCUAUUCCACAUUUUACGCUUUGCGCUCUCGUCUUUCAUCGCGUCGUUUAAAGUGUUUGUCUCGUACGCAUAUAGCUGGUUGCUGGUACUCGUUCCAUACUCCGUGUUUCGGUAGUCGUGCUCCAGUUUACCUUACACAUUUUACAUCGUCUAACGCUUUGUAUUCUUGCGUUGUUUUAAGACGUGUUUGUCUCGUACGCAUAUAGCUGCAGGUUGCUGGUACUCGGGUACAAUACGGUUAUAAUCGGGGUUAUAAUAGAUACUCGCGUGUGCAUAUUAUAAAAUCCUCGUGUUUGAGUCGACGUAUAGUUAUUUCAACAUUCAAUAUUGCGCCUUCCACUACAGCCACUAAUAGCUUCCAUUCAACCUAAUUUGUAAUCAAUUAACUGUUAAAUAUAUUAUACAGCGAUACCUAUAUUGCCAGAUUAUACAUUUACAGACGGAGGUUAACAAUUUGGACUAAAGAUGUUUCCAACAUAUUCUGCAGUACAUUUUUAUGACGACGAAAGUGUUGAAGCCGUACCAAGUGAUUGGGUCAAAGGUGAUUUGUGUGCUUGGCCCACAAAUCAAAAUUGUGUAUCGAAAUAUAUUCAAAAUAAACAUAAGCCUAAUGAUUUUGAUUUUACAUACUUGAAAGCAAGAGUACUCGUGAAAGGAAUAAAAUCUUUAACAGAAGCUAGAGAUAAAGCUGAAGAAGCUAGAUACCGUUCAGAUUUUUCUACUGAUGAUGACAAUUUUUUACUUAAAUCAAUUGAUGUUUCAAAUUCACCAGCUCAAUCAAUUUCAUCUAUUCCUGUAUAUUCAGAAGAGUCUGACUGUGAUGAUAAUAUGUACAGCAAAAAUCAAAAAAUUAAUUCACCGCAAAAAAAAAUUGAACAACUUUUUGAAGCUGAACUACAGCCUGGCUGGUCACCAUCACCGAAAAAAAUAAAAAUUAUGAAGAAACCAUCAUUUGAAGAAGUUACAUCUGAUAUCAAAUCAGCU